UACGGAUAAUUUGGCAUGCCACCGUUUGCCGGCGGGGUUCCCCCACUAACCAUGAUUGAGUGACAAGGAGAUUUUUAAUAUCUGCGGGGUUGGGAGACCGACACGGGCGGUGAUCGGGCUGGGUCUGUGGUAGCGAGCGGGCGCUGGGUUGUACAUCGGCGGCGGAGAGGCAGCGAUAGCCGGGAUUCACACUAGUCCUUCUCCGGUACCCUUGAAUGAAAGCCCGGGUGCAACUUUUGUUCGGCGAUAUUCUUUGAGCGAAAAGCCUGGAAGGAGGAAGCAACUUGACGAAAAAGAUUCAGCGUGGAAUUUUCUUCUCAUAUGAAGGAAAACUAUCGCCAAUACUGGACCCGCCUUUCCCUUCGGACGGAGUAAGGUAAUAAGAGCAACGUUACCAUCCUUUGAGAGGAAGACAUUCUACGUUACUGUGGACAGGGCCUAGGGAAAUUGUGCAGCUGACUCCGCUUUAGAUCUUGCAACAUUCUGAUUCUGGAUCUAAGAACUUUGCUUCUCUACUUCUCAUACACCUCUCCAGGAAAUAUGAAACAUCUAGAAGCUUACAAGUCAACAUGGGAGAUCUUCUUCUUCAUGUGGACAUUGCAAGGCGUGCUGUGUCAAGACGCCAUCCGAUUGGACCUUCCCGAGUCCAUGAACACUGUCCUGAACGACCCGGUCACCCUCCCAGCCACUUACAGCUCCAAGCACAACCUGCUGUCCCUCGUCUGGAGUAAGAUCUCCGACAACUCACAGAAACGGACAAUGAUCUUCUCUUACUACCCCGGGGUGGGCGGAGGACGGGCUUAUGGUGAAUACGAGGGGAGGGCAGAACUAGUGGGGAAGGCGUCACUCAAGCUGGACCGUACCACUAGUGAAGACGAGGGGGAGUACGUUCUGGAGAUCACGUUUGAUGAGGUUGGACGUGAGGAGGGAUUUGUGCGACUCAACGUCAUGGUUCCCCCCGUUGUGCAAGUGGGCCCUUCCGAUCCCUACGUCACUACCAUGGGGAGGACGGCGACUCUGACAUGCGCAGUAAGGGACGCCAAGCCCAACGUCACGGCCCUGCACUGGGAACGAGACGGGGUCAAGAUAGACAGCGAAAGGUCACGAACCAAAUAUGGCGGCGGGAACGUUGAAGUUCCCACGCUACACGUCAGAGCGGUGUCCAGGGCUGAUGCUGGGCUCUACACAUGCGUCGUUAGUCACGUGGUCAGCCCAGCUGCGGCCAGCCUCAAACUCAUUGUGUUAUACCGUGCGUCGAUAAUACGCAUUUCUGACUCCCAGGAAGGCCAGCUGAAAGACCGCGUCACACUGGAGUGUAUCGCUGAUGGUGACCCCGCCCCGAACGUGACCUGGAGCAAAGAUGGCGUCCGGUUAGCCUCCAGGACGCAUGCGCUGUCAGGUGACGUGAGGUCAGGAACGGUGACCCUGAACAGUCUGACGAUGAACGACACGGGGACGUACCUGUGCACGGCUUCUAACGGCGUGGGGGAGUCCCACACCAAAACAACUCACCUGUCCGUUACUGGGAGGAUCGAACGGCGGCGUGGUCUGACCUCGGCCAGCUUCGCCAUCAUUGUCGGGGCGGUGGCCGGUGGGCUGUGGCUGGUCUUCACGCUCGGCCUGGCUGUGUACUUCGGCCGGAAGAGGAGGGAAAAGGAGAAGAAGAAGAAAUACGCCUUCUACUACAACAUGGGGAAGCAUGAAGCACCGACUUUGGAACUGCCUGAGAAGUCGCUCAAGCCCAGUGCAGCUUAUGCCGGAAUCGAAACAAUGAGAAGAACAGCGAGGCAACGAGCUGGAAAGCGCUACGCACGCGCACUGUACCCCUUCAUGCCGACUGAAGAGAACGAGUUGGCUCUGGAAGUAGAUGACGUCAUCGAGGUGUUGGAAGGAGAAGAUGGCGGCUGGUGCCUGGGGUUCCUAAGGGGGAGGAUAGGCCUGUUCCCUUCCAACUACGUCAAGUUUUUGUCAGCAUCAGAAGUCCCCGAUGACCUCUACCAAUACGCUGGGGACGACGGGAAAUUAUACAGUCAGCAGCUGCAGGUCAAAGGUGAUGACCGGCCUGCCACCCCAAGGAAGACCGGAGGAGACAAGGCACAGUUGAGGGAGAUCGAAUGCAUAGAGAUUUAGGAGUCGAACCAACAGAAUCAAUGGCGAGGAACCGUUCGUUUGCUUCAGGAGGAUGACAUUGAGGCCAUCUGCAAUGCAACGGAGAGACUCAGGUCGUUAGAAGGAGACUGUAGAAUUGGCUGACUGUCUUCAGCAGUUGCUUUCGCCUUCAAGUGUCAUUGGACACUAGCUAAAAGUGACGUUAUCUUUAUGAACAAGUGUCUACAAGCUAGACAGACUUGUGUCUGCGGAAAGCGGAUUGUAGGCAGUCUCGUGCUUUUCAAACGUCACAAAUGUACACUGAGUGCGCCGUCGGUGAUCUCCUGUGAAGCUUAUCAAAGCCAGCCCAUGCCUUUGUAAUAGGCUACUCCUACAGCACUUCCCGUUGCCAGUUCUUGCGUCUACAAGCUGGCGCCAGGGUGAAAUCAUGAUGAAGAGGUGCCAGAUCUUCAGGCUACGACAUGUACGCGCGGGGAAUCGUAAUCCGCGCUCUUGAUGAGUAACCUAUAUUCGCAUAAUUCCACCAGGUGCCAUUAUACCGCCACCUCAAAAAACGUUGUUAUAGAGGCCUUCUCAAGAUUGUCUUCAGCACCUACAUAUCUGAAUUGUAUUACAUUUAGGAUAUUCAACAUUCAGUGUUGAAGACGAUUUUGGGAAGACCUCUAUACUAACGUUUUUUUGAGGUGGCGGUAUUAUGGCACCUGGUGGAAUUAUGAUAGUCGAUGUUACACCCCUGGCGUUGCAGCCUAGCUGAAGUUUCGUUAUUCAGGAAUUUGGUAGUUUUAUCGUUGUUCUGACGCCACGAUAUAGAGGAAGAAGCAAAACCAAGUAAUGAAUGUUUGCCCUCGAUAGAAAAAGACCAUUUGUAAAUAGCCACAUACUACCCGUGAAUAGUUUCAUCAGGUUGGUACGUCACUGAAUAAAGAGACUCUUUGAACCAGUCAGAAUUGCCCUGAAGAAGGUGACAGACAGUCACCGAAACGUUGGUGUGAAUAAAGCAAUGGUUGUGUCAAAAGAGUCUCUUUAUUCAGCCACAUACUUUGUUCGUUCAGAUGCAAGGCAAGCUGUACGAAUAACUAUUCUAGAUCCAAAUUCAAUACAAGCUGUACAUAAUACCAUAAUAAUUUUCAUUUCAUCCAAGCACAUCGGGACUCGUACUUUUUCUAUUGAUGUAUUCGAUGGAAUGAUGAAGCACUCGUGUCGUUUCAGAAUCAUGUUGAAUGUGGAGGAUGAUCCGGUCAUAUAUCAACAGUAAUCUUAAAGAUGAGGGUGUUAGCUUGUAGUGGAGGAUACUUGUAUGUUUCUGUACAUCUUUUGUUGACAUUCAGAGAACCAUGCUAACAAAGAUUACCUUUCAAGUCAACUUGGCGUACCCUCCAAGGUGCUCGGGUCAUUUCUUGUCCACUGCUUAAACCAUCCGUUCGUUACAACAUGUGUACAAAGCGAUACCCUUUUGAAACCGGACUUACAGGCUUGUUCCUGCUUAGACCAAUAAAAGGACAAAUCAUGACUUCCUGUGUAGCUAGGCUUUAGAACGUCAAAAGGCUGCUGUUGACAAAUAAAACAUGCCUUCGCUUACUGAC